AUGGCUAUGACCGCCGACAAUGUAGACCGUCUACUAACUUCACCUUCCGCCGCCGCCAAAAGCCCCGACUCCGAUGGAUCUCCGGGCACAGUCACUCCCUCGGUAGCUGCCGACUACUUCUCGGCCAACCCCCGUGCGAACGGUGACUCGAAGCUCAGGGAGCCAUCUCGGCUGUUCGCCUCUGCAUCGACUGAUGUCAGCACCACCACGCUGGCGUCCAUUUCUGAAGAGGACCACGUGGAAGGUUCGCGGCAUUCCUCUAACAAUAGCAGCCGGCCCUCUGUCGAACAGAGGAAGUCCUCGUCCACAUCUGUAACCUUUCGGCCGCCACGAAACCCGUCACUCCCCCAAGGUCACCCGCGCAAAACAGAUAACCGGCGGCUACGAGAAUCGUCGCCUUCACCAGUUAGCCGUGAGGUCCAGGAUGUGAUACCCAAGGGCAUGGUGGUUCCCAUACCCGGUGCGGCUGCCAGCCUGUCGACGUUGUCACCAAGCUUCCUUUGGAGGAGGGAUCUUGCUGGGGAAGUCACGGCCCUGUCCGCUGUUCAAGGGAUCGUCCGCGUGAGAAGCCGGAGCAAAGAAACAGAACGGCAGCCCGUCAUGGCUACCCAUGGCACCUUUGGAGGCAUGCUCGAGGAACUCGAGCGCAUCAUGGGAGGAGGAUUGCAGAGCUCGGGCUCGCUGACGACCUAG